AUGUUUGGAGUGUUGGUCAUUGGUGCUCCAGGAGCUGGCAAAUCAACAUUUUGUGCGGGUCUUGCUGACAUAUUUGACCAAAUCCAUCGUCCACACAUCACUAUAAAUCUGGAUCCUGCCAAUGAUUUUGUCCUGUUUAAAACCGAUUACAGUAUAAAAGAGAUGAUUACGGUAGAGGAUGCUAUGACUAGACUGGGUGAAUCACCUUGCACAUUUUGUCAUCAGCCGACAACUGCGUCCAUUCUAGCAAAGAAUGCACCGGCGAGAAUUGUCUUCACUUCAAGCAUUUGUCAUGACUGGUAUCCGCUUGACUUCUCGGAUCUUCAAGCCAAGCAGUACGGAGACAAUAGAGGAUACCUACAGUACUCCCGUAGUAAACUCUUGAACCAUAUGACAGCACUAAAAAUGGCUCGUGACAAGUCAGACGGUGUAAAUGUGAAUGUUUACGAACCGGGUGUGAUCGAAACGAAACUUCUGAAGGCUGGCGGUUAUUCCGGUAGCUCAGUUACGGACAGUGGCUAUGCUGCAGUACAGCUCACAACCUCUGAUGGGCUCACAAACAUUUCCGGGGAGUAUUUCAAUAACAAAGUAAAGAAAGCUUCAUCAAGCGCGGAUGCCAAGGAUGUUGCGCAACAAGACAGACUCUGGAAAAUGAGCGAAGAGGUUUGCGCGAAGUUCGGAAUAACCUUCUGAAUUUAUUCUUGCAAAAUGUUACAAAUUUUGAAUUUUAUUAUUGGUGAACGCUGACAAGGUUAUUUUAUAGUUUAGAGUUCAAAUAAAUCUGUUGUAA